UUCUGGUCCCCAGUCCCUCGGGCCCCCGGUUCACCCAGGCCAGGGAAGGAGCAGUGGCACUGUUCUGGAAUGCUCUAGAACCUCCAACUGUUCUGGAACUCUGCAACUUUCAGGCAAAGGGCCAGAACCAGGAUCACAGAGCCUUCCUAUCCCAGGUGGUGCCGGCGCCCCCACUGGGCCUCAUGUGGAUGCUGGUACUCAGUGUGGCUGUCCUGGAGGCUGCCCAGGCCUGUCUCUUCUGCCGCCUCCCAGCGCAUGGCUUGUCGGGCCGCCUGGCUCGGCUCUGCAGCCAGAUAGAGGCCCAGUGGAAGGACUGUGAGGCCUCCUGGAACUUCUCCACCUUUGCCUUAGAUGAGGUGUCCCUGAACAAGGUCACGGAGAAGACGCACAGGGUCCUGAGGGUCAUGGAGAUCAAAAGGUCUUUCUCCUCGCUCCCUCUAUAUUGGCAAUGGCUUCAGGAGACCAAGUUUCCUGAGUACAACAGGGAAGCUCUCUGCAGUCCCGCCUGUUGUGAGGUGGAGUCGGGGCUUCCCCUCCCCAGCUCUGUCCCGCUGUCUCCUGCAGGGGGCAGCACCAUCCUGUACAACUGCUCCACCUGCGAGGGCUUUGAGGUGCUCUGCUGGCCCCAAAAGCGCUGCUUCCCAGGAAGUCACGAUCUUCGGGAAGCCAGGAUUCUGCUCCUCUGUGUCUUUGGAACUAUCCUGCUCCUGGGCGUCCUAAGCCUUGUGGUGAAGUGA